AUGAGUCAGAUGUGUCUUCUCGUGUUUUUGCAGGUUUGUGUAACAUGUGUAUUUAAAAUGAUUGCUCAUAGUAUAUGUUUUUGCAGUGUUUGGUCGCCAUUUGUGGUGCAUAUCCUUAUUUGGUAGUUUCAUCCACAAGGUGAGUAAAAUGAUGUUAUUCGAUAUAUUUUUGAGUGGGUGGCAAAUGUCAUUCAUGAAUGAUUUUUUUUCGGAUUCUAUGUGGAUAGAAAUAGACGUCAUUAACAAGUAUAAUUCUGAAAAUGAAUUUGGAAAACAAGUUUUUUAAAAUACAAUAUUGCGUGCUCAGAAAAACCCAAUUAAAUUUUACGAUAUCUUGUCUAGACAAAAAAAACAAACACUCGGAAUUCACACUCUGUAUUUAAUGGACUUUUUCUAGAAGCCGAAAAGUGGUGAAGCGGAAAUUUUUCUGAAAAAAAAGUAUUUCAUCGAUUUUUUCUUGAGAAUAUCAAAAAAUGUGACAAAAAGGACAACAGCUGAAAAUUAAGAAUUAAAACUAAAAGUAGUAUUAAAAAUAAAGUUUCCAAUUUCGUCAUCAAUGUUUACUUUUUUGUCGAAAGCCACCCUUCUUGUUAAUUAAAUAGAUGAUCACAUCCAAAUACGUCAACCUAAAAUACUUUUUAUUCAUUUCCAAGUUAUUUUAGGUGAACGUUUGAUGUUUGAAAGAAAAGAAAAACGAGAAAUUCAAACUAUUUUUGCAGUGAACCACCAACUCGUCAUUUAGUCAAACGUGCAUUUGACCGAUUUGAUAAUGAAGGAAUCUUUUCAUUUGGAGCAAAAAGAUAUGAUCGAAUGGAAGAUUAUCAACAAUAUGGAAACAAUGAUAUGAAUCGAUAUCUCUUCAAAAGAAGUUUUGACAAUGAUUUGGAUUUUGGAUUGAGAAGAAAACGAUCAUUUGAUCGAAUUGCUGGCGGAGAAUUCGGUUUUGACUAUAGAAAGAAAAGAUCUUUUGAUCGAAUAGGUGGAAGUGAAUUUGGAUUGGUCAAGAGAAGUUUAUCAAACGAUGAUGAAAGAGGUAAAAAUAUUAUUCCUGUAAAAAUUUAUAAUCUUCACAAUAUUCAUUUUCAGAAACUCUGAUUGAUAAUCUUGCCGAAUCAAUUGUUGCUCUUCGAAAUGCUCGAGCAAUCGAAAAUCAACCAAUUGUUAUCGCCUAUGAUCGAAAGAAGUAA